CUGAUGUCCCACCACCCACACUCUCUGCCUAAACUCUUCCUGUAUCUCUUUGGCACUUGGUGGAUUCCCUGCCUGGAUUCCAGUGGGACGGGAAAGGACAGGACAAGAUAGAACAGGAGGGGCUUGCCUGGGGGAGACCUUCGCAGGAUUCAGGCUAAAGAAAGAAGACCCCUGUGUGUGUGUAGCUAAGAGCAGGCAUGGUGAGCCAUGGACACUGACAAAAACUGAUCUGGCCCUGAGAACAACAGCCUACACUGAUUUUAGCAAGAUGUUUGUCACUGAUCCUCAGGAAAGUCCAGCCACUUUUAGAGCCAUGACAAGAGCUGUGUCUAAAGAAGGAGAGCCCAAUGGGACCAUUGCAGGUCCUGAAGAGACAAAAGUGGAGGAAAUGGAAGAGAGAGGGCAGUGGCGUAGCAAAGUGGAGUUUGUGCUGUCUGUGGCGGGGGAGAUCAUUGGUCUGGGUAACGUGUGGAGGUUCCCAUACCUCUGCUACAAGAACGGUGGUGGAGCCUUCCUCAUCCCUUACCUCAUCUUCCUCUUCACGUGUGGGAUCCCCCUGUUCUUCCUGGAGACGGCACUGGGGCAGUACACGAGCCAGGGAGGGGUCACUGCCUGGAGGAAGAUCUGUCCCAUCUUUGAAGGAAUUGGAUACGCCACACAAAUCAUUGAGUGGUAUCUGAAUAUUUACUACAUUGUUAUCUUGUCCUGGGCACUCUUCUACCUGUUCAGCUCCUUCAAUUCAGUGCUACCGUGGGCUAGCUGCAAUAACCCCUGGAACUCAGAUCUCUGUGUGGACAUUCUGAAUAGAUCCAGCCUGGACAACAGGACCUUGCCUGCGAACGCCACCUCCUCAAUGAUUGAGUUUUGGGAGAAGCGAGUCCUGGGGCUCACGGAUGGUAUUCACAAACUGGGCACUGUGCGCUGGGAGCUGGCUCUGUGUCUCCUGCUGGCGUGGAUCAUCUGCUACUUCUGCAUCUGGAAAGGGGUCAAGUCCACAGGAAAAGUCGUUUACUUCACUGCCACCUUCCCAUACGUGAUGCUCAUCAUUCUGUUGGUGCGAGGAGUCAUGCUGCCAGGUGCUGCCGAGGGGAUCAUCUUCUACCUGAAGCCAGACAUUUCCAGGCUGGCAGACCCGCAGGUCUGGAUGGAUGCAGGCACUCAAAUCCUCUUCUCUUAUGCCAUCUGCCAGGGAUGCCUGACAGCUCUGGGCAGCUACAACAAAUACACCAACAACUGUUACAGGGACUGCAUCAUGCUCUGCUUCCUGAACAGUGCCACCAGCUUUGUUGCUGGCUUUGCCAUUUUCUCAGUGCUGGGCUUCAUGGCUCGAGAGCAGGGCAUACCCAUUGCAGAAGUUGCUGAAUCAGGUCCUGGCCUGGCUUUCAUAGCCUAUCCAACAGCAGUAACAAUGAUGCCUGUGUCUCAGCUCUGGUCCUGCCUCUUCUUCCUCAUGCUGAUCUUCUUGGGACUGGACAGCCAGUUUGUCUGUGUGGAAAGCAUGGUGACAGCUAUUAUUGACAUGUUCCCAGGAGUGUUUCGGAAGAAGGGGCGUCGGGAGCUGCUGAUCCUGGCCAUUGCAGUCAUAUGCUACCUGCUGGGCUUACUGCUGGUCACUGAGGGUGGCAUGUACAUCUUCCAGCUCUUUGACUACUAUGCUGCCAGUGGCACAUGCCUGCUCUUCCUGUCUGUUUUUGAAGUCAUCUGUAUAGGAUGGGUGUAUGGUGCCGACCGCUUCUACGACAACGUUGAGGACAUGAUUGGUUUCCGGCCAUGGCCCCUGAUCAAGAUCUGCUGGCUGGUGUUCACCCCAGGUCUGUGCUUGGGUGUCUUCCUGUUUUCCCUGAUCAAGUACACACCCUUGAAAUACAACAAAUCGUACGAGUACCCAGCCUGGGGCUACGUGCUGGGCUGGCUGAUGGCACUCUCCUCCAUGGUCUGUAUUCCUCUCUACGCCAUCUUCAUCCUUCUGAAGACCAAAGGACCACUGAAGCAGCGGCUGAUGCAGCUGAUUUCCCCGGCGGAGGAUCUGCCGCAGCCGAAGAAGCACGUGGCGGGGCUGUCCGAACCGAGGCGCCAGGGAUGGUCUCCUCCGGUCCAGGAGGUGCUCAGCAUCACAGAGAGAGAAACCCACUUCUAAGGCAGACUGAUUUGCUCUCUCCUUCCCAAAGUGGUUUGUUUUCUCUCCCGGGCACUUCCCUUCUCUUCUUCACGUCUGAGACAGAAGCAUCUGGGACACCCUCUCCUUCCAGCCAGCUGGUUGCACCCACUGGGGACAGUAUUUCUUUUGACACCCUGGGGACAACUCACCCUGCCAGUAGCUGGGAAGACUGCAACAUGCUUUUGUUAGAAGUGUCCUUCAGUACUGACAUUGGUUUGGAAGAGAAAAGCAACACAGUAACCAAAAAAAAAAAAAAAGAAAAAAAAGAAAAUAAAAGGUGCAAAAGGUGAAUUCAUGUUGAGAGGAGGAAAAGAAAACACAGUGGUGAGAGAGAGAAGGGAGUAAAGGUGUGAAGGAGCCAAGUGAGGGAUGCAACAGCACAAAAUGAUGGGGUGUUAGUGCAGGAAAUAAGUAAGCUGGUUCAGAAGUACAUAAGAAGCUGGAGGAUAACAAAGGAAAAUACACUGCUAGGUCACCUGUGUAUGAGGAAGAGAGGAACAUAUCAUAGCCAAUGACAAAAAGGAGGAUGCAGUGUUAGUAGUUACAGCUUUAGCUUGUCACUGAAAGGGAAGAGAGUGACAGGGUGCUUGAUGCAAUCACAGUUGUUCAUGAUGGAUCUCAAGGCAGUCUUAGGCUGGAAAGUGGGUGAGGAAUAACUACCUAGGGGGCUUGCUCUUGGUCAAAACUACAUGGCCCAGUAAAAACGCAUCCGAGAGUGAAACCGAUGAAUAUUUGACAAUUCUUUCAGAAAAUUCAUGGAGUGUAAGAAAAGUCUCAGAGCAGCUGGUAAAAGAAACAAAAGGGGGGAAAAAAGAGCUGCAUCACAGCUGGGAGAAAUGAGACCCUGGGGACUGCACGCCCACAAAUUUAACUGCACUGCUGGGGCAUUUUGUAGAGGAAUUAAUGAAGGAGAUGAUGGGCCUGGGUCAGUGCUGCAGAGCAGUUUUGGGGCGAGGGUGGGAGAAUGAUUGCACUCCCUUGGUUUUGCUGCAGGUGACUGCUCAGGGGAUAGGGAAGGCAUAAUCGGGCGCAAUAAUCAUCAGCUCAGGCAAGAUAAAGCAUAAUUAAUAGGUAAGAUGGGUUCAUUGGAAGCAGAUUGUGUCGAAUUAAAGGCUUGUCGUUGCCAGGGUAGUCAAAAAUGUGAGAUGAUGGCUGGGAGGAAUUGUGCUUGGAUGCCGGGUUUGGUGCGGUGCCAGAUGACUCUGUCCUGUGGAGGCUGGGGCUGUGAAACUCCCUGUCAAAUCCUGCUUGAAUGCCUAUCAGAAUUUCACAGCCAAUACCACAAGAAAGGCCAGUGGCAGGUUCCCCCCAAGAGCUUUGCUGUGGUCGAAGGUACACGCUCUGGUGCAUGGCUGUGUUGCAAUGCUGGCGCAUCCAACCACGCCAAAGAAUGGCCAUCAAAAUGAAUCACAGAUGCCACAGGCUCCUUUCCCUUGUUCCAAGUAAUUGCUUUUCCCUGUGCUGUGUGGAGAUAAGCUACCAGCACUGAAAGUAAGCAGGGAAAUCGGGCCUCAUCUGUGCAAUUCGGUACCUAUUCCAAUUGCUAUGGGAACCUUAUCUUUUGCAGUUUCCUGUGAGUUUAACUGGAGAAUUAGCAUAGGGCAAUCUUUUCCCCAUUUAAUUUCCUUUCCUUUAAAAACUACAAACUGUUGGUGAAAUGAACACUGAAAGUCAAGUAUCAGAAUUUGUACCUCUCUGGGACAUUAUCACUUGAUUGGAGAUGUUUUGCUGUGGAAGGAUGAGAGAGCUGGCAAAUCUCAUUCACGUUCCCUACAAAGGGCUGCAGCACCACAUAAGACACCAUUUAUUUUAUUUUUAUUUUUUAAAGAGCUGAGUGUCACAUUUGCAACAGUAAUUGCAGGAAGAGCUUAGCAUCUAGAGGCUUGCAGUCAGGCCUUAAGGUAAGUAGUUUGGUGUUUUUUCCUCCCCCUCCCAGCAGUGUUGCUCACGAUUUGGUGUGGAGAGAAGUCGUGGAGAUGGGUUUACUCCUUUUCUGAGGCAGUUGGGCAAAACUGUAAAAAUCCUACAUAGAGAUAAAUCGGGUUUCAGUUUUGAGCACAGAUGUGGGGCUGUGUCAUUGAAAAUAAAUACUGCAUGAACUGGU